ACUGGGGCUGGUCCCAAGGGGAAGGAGUGACCAGAAUCCCCUUCGGCCAAUGAGCUGAGCGAACUUCACCCUUCUCCCUUCCCGUACAAGCUUGGGGGUCCACAGCACACCCUAGGGCACCUGCAGGAUUUGGCGCUGUUCUGGAGAGGCCCGCUGCAGACACUGAACCACCAGCCAGCUGCACUUGUUGUCCUGGAUGUCUGUGCCGAUCUUACCCGUCACGCUGGGGUCCCCAAAGAGAUCAAGAAACAGUGCUGAAAGGAAGAAAUAGAGCUUAAAUGGUUACACUACUCAGACUCCAGAACUACACGCUCUCUGGAGUGGUUGGCCCAGCUCCACCAGUGGCAAGAUUUUUAGCUCCAGGCAAGUGUGUCAGAUCAAAGUCUUUCUCAAAUUGGAUAAUUCAAGGACUGUUUCAUAAAAGGAUUAUGUGCAAAGUGCCGUUCUCCAGCCAACCCCUACAGAAGUCACGGGACAAGGCCCUCAGCCUCCUGGUUGAGCAGAGUGGAAAGGCUAAAGAAAGGAUAUGGAGUGGCAACAGAAGUAAUCCAACACACCCUGCUAGCCUGAGUUCCCUCAUCGGCUUCUCUGUUCCAGCACCAUGAUGCAUUUCUUCAUAGAAUUUACAAAUCCAGGAGGCUGCAGCUCCGAAUUUUGAAGCAUGUCAGGGCAGGAGAACAUGCCCCCCAACUGGCUCUGGUCAUGGCUUUGUAAGUCCCAAAGGGAUUUAUUGAAGUCCAUCCUGACUGGGGCUCCAGGAGGACUUCCAGUGAGAGGGGAGGCACUGGUGACACUUUAACCAGGAUACAGAGCUGAUCCCCCGCCCAGCCGGCCUCCUGCCUCCAACCAUUAACAGUAUAGAGCAGAUCCCCGGAGACAGACAGGACCAGCGGGGUACCUGCGGCGGGCUAGUGUGGCCCAGAUGACCCAGGAGCUGGGCAUUUCCUUCUUCCAGCGGCAGCAGCUGCCAGCCGCCAUGGCAGACACCUUCCUGGAACAUCUGUGCCUGCUGGACAUCGACUCUGAGCCUGUGGUCCCUCGCAGUACCAGCAUCAUCGCCACCAUCGGGCCGGCAUCUCGCUCCGUGGAGCGCCUCAAGGAGAUGAUCAGGGCGGGGAUGAACAUCGCGAGACUCAACUUCUCCCACGGCUCCCACGAGUACCAUGCUGAGUCCAUCGCUAACGUCCGUGAGGCGGUGGAGAGCUUUGCAGAUUCUCCGCUCAGCUACCGACCCGUGGCCAUCGCUCUGGACACCAAGGGACCAGAGAUACGCACUGGGAUCCUGCAAGGGGGCCCGGAGUCCGAAGUGGAGAUAGUGAAGGGCUCCCAGGUGCUGGUGACGGUGGAUCCAGAGUUCCGGACGCGCGGGGACGCGAACACCGUUUGGGUGGACUACCCCAAUAUAGUCCGAGUCGUGCCGGUGGGGGGCCGCAUCUACAUUGACGACGGGCUCAUCUCCCUAGUGGUCAAGGAAAUCGAUCCAAAAGGGCUAAAGACCGAAGUGGAGAACGGCGGUGUCCUGGGAAGUCGGAAGGGCGUGAACUUGCCAGGCGCCGAGGUGGACCUGCCCGGGCUGUCCGAGCAAGAUAUCCAGGACCUGCGCUUCGGGGUGGAGCAUGGCGUGGACAUCGUCUUUGCCUCUUUCGUGCGGAAAGCCAGCGACGUGGCUGCCGUCCGGGCUGCUCUGGGGCCGGAAGGACAGGGCAUCAAGAUCGUUAGCAAAAUCGAGAACCACGAGGGAGUAAAGAAGUUUGAUGAGAUCCUGGAGGUGAGCGACGGCAUUAUGGUGGCACGGGGUGACCUGGGCAUUGAGAUCCCAGCCGAGAAGGUUUUCCUGGCUCAGAAGAUGAUGAUCGGCCGUUGCAACUUGGCGGGAAAGCCCGUUGUCUGUGCUACACAGAUGCUGGAGAGCAUGAUUACUAAGCCCCGGCCAACUCGGGCAGAGACGAGUGAUGUGGCCAAUGCCGUGCUGGAUGGGGCAGACUGCAUCAUGCUGUCGGGGGAGACUGCCAAAGGCAACUUUCCUGUGGAGGCUGUAAAGAUGCAGCAUGCGAUUGCCCGGGAGGCAGAGGCUGCCGUGUACCACCGGCAGCUCUUUGAGGAGCUCCGCCGGGCAGCACCACUGAGCCGGGAUCCCACGGAGGUCACCGCUAUUGGUGCUGUGGAGGCUGCCUUCAAGUGCUGCGCUGCUGCCAUCAUCGUGCUGACCACAACUGGCCGUUCAGCCCAGCUUCUGUCUCGGUACCGACCUCGGGCAGCGGUCAUUGCCGUCACCCGCUCUGCUCAGGCCGCCCGCCAGGCCCACCUGUGCAGAGGAGUCUUCCCUGUGCUCUACUGUGAGCCUCCAGUGGACAUCUGGGCCGACGAUGUGGACCGCCGGGUCCAGUUUGGCAUCGAAAGCGGAAAGCUCCGUGGCUUCCUCCAUUCUGGGGACUUGGUGAUUGUGGUGACAGGCUGGCGACCAGGCUCCGGCUAUACCAACAUCAUGCGGGUGCUGAGCGUAACUUGAGGUGCCCCUCCUCCUCUGACUAAGCCAGCCCUGGACCCAUCCCUCUCCACUCCCUCCUGCAGCCCCACAUCUAAGUCUUCUCUACUCCCAAUCCUCCCUACCCCAGGCCACAUCUGCCAUCCAGCUCCUUUCCAGGGCACUCCCUCCCUUUCUCUAUUUCACGCAGGCCUGGGUAGUCUGUAUCCAAUUAAGCUCCGGCCACCCAGCAGCACCGAUGGUACAUUCCCUGCAUCUAAUGCUCUCAACUGGCCCCUAAGAUGCUCUGAGCCUUUAAUCCCAGCUCAACUGGUUAAUUCUAUUCCCCCAGGUUUCCCAUAGCUGAGAGUGGAGGGGAGGGGAGCAGGGUAAUCAUGGCCACAGUCUCCACAAAAUCUCCUCUUAAAAAUCAUCUCCCAAGGAGAGUGUCACCUCUUUCUUCAUUGUGACCGGAAGCCAGGGGAGAUGGAAGCCGGGGAGCACCGGAGCCAGGCGGGCACACCUCAUUAGUGUCUCCCCACCUCGAGGCUUACAGGCCACUCCCCAUUUGCUCUCACACCCAUCUCAUGCCAUACUGGGUCAGGUGUUCUGGUUUCCUCCUGCGCCCUGAAAUGCCCACUUUGUUCCCACAUACAAACCCGGAGCCAAAACAAGUGUCUCUAUUUUCUUUUUAAACCCAGAUGUUUGGAAGCCAUAUAAAACUUCUCCCAUACACGCAGAACCCCAGAACUCCCCGCCUAGGAGAAAAGGAGUGUUAGGGUCCUGGCCCUACAUUCUUUGAUGCUGGAGAGUAGCUGUGGGGACAGAGGGGUGGGCUACAGGAUUCUCUUGUCCCUGAGAAGGCAGAGGUACUGGCUAGCCUGCCCUUCCCUAGGCUUGGAUACCUCGGGCCCUCCCCUUGCUCCUGCACCAACAGCAACCUCAACAGGAAAGGAAAAGAACUAAAAAUAAGAACAGUCCUUCUCCCCAUCUCAGGUGGCCCUUACUGGUCCUACCUAGAUAGGGAGGGUGUUCAAGUAUUGCUGCUGAUGGGAGUUGCACAGGACCACAAGAGCUGGAAUGGAGGCCCCUGCCCGUUCCUGUUUCCCUCCUAGGAGGGGAGGGCAGGGAUGGAUAAAGGAAUGGGUAAAUAAAGUGAGUUGAUAA